GUUGGUGUAUCCUCUAAGAGUCGCCGACCAAGAGCAACAGAAUCAUUUUGACCUGUUGUACAUCGGUGACUCUGAAAAAUCACAUUACGCGUACAUUUCCGAUUUUUCGAGGCUCGUGCGCAGCCAAAAAACUAAUCACAAAUGCCGCAUAUACACUUGCAAACGUUGCUUCACCAGCUUUGAUGAUAUGCCUAAAAAGCAUAUUCUUCGGGGACAACAAACGUUGGAGCAACACAAGUUGAUGUGCGGCAAGAACAAGCCUAUUUUACCUGUUAUGUCGACAGAGGGCAGUAAGGUUGAAUUUGACUCGUUGGUAAAGACACAACGGUUACCGUAUGUCAUAUACGCAGAUUUUAAGGCCUUACUGGAGAAAACAGACGAUCGUAUGGGUGCAUACACCAGGACUGUGCACACCCACCAUCCCAUGAGAUACGGGUUCAUGGUGAAAACAUCGGACGAUGUGUCCUCCGAGAUCCUCGAACGCUAUGAUAUAGCAAAGAGGUCGCCAAGGCAUUUGUGAUGGCUGUAACUGAAGUGACGCGCAACAAUUCUAAAUUGUUGCGCAAAACCAACGUCCCCAUCCGAAUGUCUGUCGAUGAUGUGCACAGGCACGGGGAGAAAGUGGUAUGCGACUUGUGCCGCACGGCAUUCAAGGAUUCCAACCCCAAAGUCGCAGACCAUUGCCAUUUAUCAGGCCGAUUCAGACAGACGUUGUGCAAUGCAUGUAACCUGAAAGUGAAGACGGUCAACUUUGUGCCGUGCUUCUUGCACAAUCUUUCAGGUUACGACGCGCAUUUCAUCGUCACUGAAUUGGGGUACGACGAUCAAAGGAUUUCGGUCAUACCGAAUUCCGAGGAGAAGUUUAUUUCGGUCAGGAAACACGUGACCAAUAACUUCUCCAUACGGUUCGUCGAUACCUUCCGAUUCAUGGCCUCCUCCCUGUCCUCCAUGGCCGGUAACCUAAUGACGCCCGACUUUGUUAAAUUCCGGGAGAUGGCCAAGGUGUUCCGCUCGGAAGACAUGCCGUUGGUGACGCGUAAGGGAGUAUACCCCUACGAGUACACUGAUAGUUGGGCUAAAUUGGAAGAAACGGAACUACCACCUCAGGACGCUUUCUAUAGUCAGUUGAGUGAGUCUAAUAUUGAUGACGACGACUAUAGACAUGCCACGGAGGUGUGGAACCAUUUCGACUGCUCAACCCUCGGUGAGUACAGCGACCUAUAUCUUAAGAUCGACGUGUUGUUGUUGGCUGGUGUGUUUGAGAACUUCCGCGACAUCUGUAUUUCAACAUACAAUUUGGACCCGGCGCAGUAUUACACCGCGCCUGGUUUUAGCUUCGAUUGUAUGUUGAAGUACACCAGGGUGAAGCUGGAGCUCUUGAACGACUACGACAUGCUACUGAUGGUGGAACAGGGCAUUCGUGGUGGGCUAGUGCAGGCCGUCAAGCACUAUGCAAAGGCCAACAAUUCUAAGACACCCGAUUACGAUCCGUCAAAACCAGAAUCAUGGAUCGUGUACCAAGACUGCAAUAACCUUUACGGGUGGGCUAUGAGUCAGCCCAUGCCGUACGGUGGCUUCCGGUGGUAUAAAGGAGCAGACCCUCUGGCUGACCUCCAAUCGUUGUCGGACACUGGUAAUACGGGGCGUAUAUAUGAAGUGGACGUAUCGUAUCCACAAGAGCUGCAUGACGAGCACAACGACUUGCCGUUCUUGCCUGUCAACGAUGUACCGCCGGGUUCCAAAGAGACCAAACUCAUGGCCACUUUGAAACCCAAACAGCGGUACGUCGUACAUUACGUUAAUCUUAAACAGGCGAUCGCACACGGACUGCAAGUCGAUAAAGUGCACCGCGUUUUAGAGUUUCAACAAAGUGCUUGGUUGAAACCGUAUAUUGAGUUGAACACUGAAAUGCGGAAACAGGCGGUAAAUGCUGUUGAAAUAGCGUUUUUCAAAUUAAUGAAUAAUGCCGUCUUUAGUAAGUGCAUGCUCAAUGCUAAAGCAGCUGUAGGUUAUACCAAAUUCAUGGCCACUUUGAAACCCAAACAGCGAUACGUCGUACACUAUGCCAACUUAAAACAGGCAAUCGCACACAGACUGCAAGUCGAUAAAGUGCACCGCGUUUUAGAGUUUCAACAAAGUGCUUGGUUGAAACCGUAUAUUGAGUUGAACACUGAAAUGUGGAAACAGGCGGUAAAUGCUGUUGAAAUAGCGUUUUUCAAACUAAUGAAUAAUGCCGUCUUUGGGAAAACCAUGGAGAACAUACGGAAGCGUACCCGCAUUCAGCUAAUCUGCAGUUCCAAACGUCUAAGCAAGCUCGUAAACCAACCAACCUUCAGCGACUGUAUCAAAUACGAUGAAAGGUUGUGCGCUGUCAUAAUGGACACAAAGAUUGUCCAGUUUAUCAAACCAAUAUACGUUGGAUUAGCAGUACUUGACAUUAAUCGUAAAGACUUCCGACGUCCAAUUUUGUGUAUAUCCUUUUGAAAAUACUGCUUUAUGCUUACUCAGACGAACUUUAUCUCCAAUAUUAAACUUUUUAUUGUAUUUUAAAAUAGGUAGCCGUUUAAAACUGACAUUUCCAGGAAUACGUGAUGCUAUACUAGGAGAUGUUUCUAUGGCGCUAUGUUUUGUAUUAUUG